CAGGCUCAGUAAUUUACUCCGUAAUCUCAACAAUAGCCGUAGACAUUCUCCGUAUCCAGUUUUCACUAAUACAAAAAGCAGUCAGUUAUCAAUAGCAGAAUACUAGUCUAGAUCUCAGUACUGCGAUCUACAGAAAAUGGCAGAUCAUAGCCCUGUGUGCGAAGGAGAUGUCAUCAGUUUCAUUUGGAGUCCUAAAGGAUUUUUGCAUGCACGGACUCCAAGCUCAAACUGCUGUGUUACUAUCACAGAGGACUCUCAUUAUCACCAUCGUUCAUUUCAAGUCUUCACUGAAAAAUGUGACACAACAAAAAUAUCACCACUUGAAGCCCAACCAUGGAAAACAAAAAUAAAUCAAGGUCGGCAGGCUGAUACCACUGACACCAAGCAUGUCCAGACUAAGUUAGUCUAUGGAAGGAAAUUAAAGUUUCUUCAUGUUGCGUCUAAUAUGUAUCUUGCAUACUCAAAGAAUAUAAAUUGUUCAGAUGUAAAGUUACACUUGGUUAAAGAAUUCAAAAAGGAAACUUGUUUGUUUCGUAUACUUCCCUCACGAAGUCAGACCAAUAAACAAAGAGGAAUGACUGUAUUUUAUUGUGAUGAGGUAAAGCUUGAGUCUGUUCACCUAAUAGGCUAUAACAUGCUAUGUUGUGACUUACAAAAUUCAAGGUACAUGUAUGAAGUGAAGUUAGCAGUCAGAGAGUCUGUAUUUGAAAUUUCGUCACCUGUGGACAAUAGUAACCAACUUCAUUCUAAUGCAAUAAAGAGUUUUGAUGUUGUCAUGCUGUUUAAUGAUCAGUUUAAAAGCUACUUAGCUGGAGUUGCAAAUCAAGAGCCUGAAAAAAUCACAAGUGUUAGAGCAAGAAAAAGAGAAUCAGUUCAUGGGAUACUAAAAGAUCCUCCCCUAUCUGGUGAUUGUUUUUGGGUGUUAGAAAUGAAAGCUGGUACAUGUGGUAAGCAGCUUAAGUGUUGGUCUGAAGUUACUUGUUACAUCAAACAUUUGCCAACACAGCAGUAUUUAUCUGUAAUUAAAGGAAAGGUGAUUUUGAAAGAGCUAGACAAGAAAAAUUUUGAAGAAGAAUCUGGAUUUAUUUUAGAGUCAGUUGAUACUCAAACUAAAAAUCAGGGUUUAACUUAUGGCAGUUUUGUUGUGAUUAAGAAGAAACUUGUGAAAGGUGAUGAGGCAGCUAAUGAAAAAAUUGAAAUGAUUUUAGUACCAACAAAGGCAUCUAUUCAGCAGUGUCCAGACAUCAAAUCAGUGUCUAUGAUCAAAUGGUUUGAGGUUAGUCUUGAGGAAAAGGAAAAAGAACGGAAAAAACCUGUUAAACUGUGCUUUUGUAUUGAAAAGAUUGAGUCUGAUGUCAUUCAUGAUUACUAUUACGUAUUUGGAGUGACUGCCACACUUAAGGAAUAUUGUCGGAUUUUAAAAUCUGAAACACCUCAUUCUGAUGUUGAUGAAACUCUUGAUUCAUGUAUUGAAGUAUUGGUUGAGCUCUUACAAUGGCUAAAAGAUGUAGACACCAAGCAGUCAGUUAGAGCAAGCAUGUUACAAGUGACACAGUGCCUUGAAUUAUUAGUGGAUUUUCUUUGUGAAGCAAUUCCUUCCACUAAAUUUUUAAAAGAGAAAAUGUCAGCUAUCCUUCAGGUUUUUGUAGAGUUUACCAGUAAAGAUAAUCAUUUUUAUCUUGCUGAUGAAAGAUUUUUGGAUAUCCUUAUUAACCAGAUAGGGGAAAGCAUUGGCAUUGAAGAUGUCUUAUGUUGUCUUGUGAAGGAUGAAAGGCUUAUUACUACUAAAGUAGCAGAAAAAUUGAUAAAACGCACAGGUUUUAUACAAAGUAUUCUUCAGAAGCAGGAUGUUUCUGUUUUCAAUUUAUUAAGUACCUUGUGCUUUACUGCUGGAAAACCUAAUCGAUAUUUACAGAGUAUCAUUUGCAAAAUCAUUCUUAGUGAAGAGGUUCAACAAUAUUUAAUAUGUACUAAAGUGAAUGAUGAUGGUGUUAUCAUUUUUGUGAAUCCAAAGGAUAUACAUGUAGCUGGCCCACUUUCUGAAAUUUGCUCCAAGGAAACAGCAUGCAAUGAUUCCAACAAGAAGAUGUUUAACUUUUUUAUUGCACAACUGAAACUGUUCAGUCAGAUUUGCAAAGGUGUCAAUUUGGACACUAUUAAGAACAUAUGCAAAAUUAUCACAUUUAGAGAAGCAUUGAUUUGUAUUAAAGACAAUACUCUUCACCCACUACUCAUAUCAGCUUAUCUUGACUUUGUUGUAUCAGCUUAUGUUGACUAUAAUGUGGAGGAGAGUGGAACUGACAUUGAUCGUAUCUGGCAUGCUUUUUAUUGGGAUAACAUAUCUGGCGAUUCAAAAAAGACAACAGCUCUUCGUGAUAUAUAUGAGGGUAUUCCAAAUCAAGAGGAGAUGAAAGAGUUAAAGGAAAGCAUACAAUGCCACUUAGAAGUCAACAGGGGAUCAUACGAAGAAGAAGUAGAAGGACAAAAUGAACUCUUGAGUCAGAUUUUGGCUGUUGUAGAGCCCCUUGUAAGCUAUGGGUUUUAUAGGAAAGAUACAGACAUAGCAAACACUCUGGUUAAAAUUUUAGUAACAAAGACAAAUGACAAAGAACAAAGAGAUGGUAGUCAGUAUGUCAAAAAUAAAAAUAACCAAAAAGUUUUUGAUAUCAAAACAAGAGUUGUUCGAAUCUUACACCUUCUAUUUAAACAACUAGUGUACUCUACAUUGGGGAAAUUUAUGUAUACUUUUAAAGUGUCACAAGCUGAAGCUCCUGGUAUUGAUAAUUUAUUGGCUCCAUUAUGUUCUUCUGACUGCCAGCAUGAAAGAUUCUGUGCAUUAGCACAUGAAAAACUCAUAGAAAUUUUUCAAAAUCCAGGUUAUGAGAUUUUUGUUGAGAAUGAUGGAAAUGGAGUUAAUAUUAAUGAAAUACUUUUGGAUUUAUUGAAUUGUAAUGAUGAUGAUUUGAGACUAUCAAGCAUUUUACUACUGUUUGAUAUAUUACAAAAAGAGAACAUUUUGUUUCAUGAUUCAACUGUAUCAUACAUAACCAUGCAAGAAUCGAAAGUUUUUAAUUAUAUGAAGGAAUGUGGCGCUUUUCAUGAUUCGUCAAAAGUUAUAUUAAAGUUAUUGCAGGGGCAGGCCAAGAAAUCAGAUUCUCAAUUGCAGCUCAGUAAUGAACUUUUUGAGUAUGUAAAGGAAGCAUGUAUGAUUGAUGAUGAUGAGACGCAACCUCAUGUUUGUCAUCAACAAAUUGCGUUUACCACUGGUAUAGCAUCUUCCUUGCUGACAUAUAUUCGACAGUUUUGCUCUUCAAAUUAUCCUGAUCAAGAUGAAUUGCUUGAAUGCUCUUGCAAUUGCUUGCAAGCAAUAGCUCGCAGAAAUAAGCAGGUCCAAGAAAAAAUUUUUAUUAAUUUUGAUGAUUUUCUUGAGUCGUCACAGCCUCUAAUGCCAGUAGCCUGUCUUAUGACUGAAACACUUUGUGAAAAUUUUGAAUUGUGUCAUUGUCUCUCAGAGUCCUGUAUUAUUCAACUCUAUAGUAUAGCAGCCACUGCUAGCCAAGACCUUACCUCUGCUACUAGUUGUACUGAAUAUUACACUGUACUGGAAACAGUUAUUAAACCCCACAAGUCAAGCAAAGAUAUCCAUCUUUUGCUGAAGAAUCAUCAGGAGUUAAUAGCAAGAAAAAUAGCAGAACAUGCUGAAGAGCACUUUGGAAGAGCUCAAAAAGAAGCACUUCAAAAUGCUGAAGGCGCAAGCUUGCUACAGUUACUAGGAGUGUCUGACUUAUUGGCAACUACGGCUGAGGGAAACUGUGUAUGUGCCGGUGAAAUCUGUCAAAAGUCCUUCACAUUGGAUGAGCUUGUCAAAAUCAUUGUCAAUCCUGACAUAGAAUUUGACAGAAGAAAGCCCUUUGCUCGUAUUCUGAAGGAAGGAUUUAUCAACACAGAGAUGAAUUUUCAUUAUUCUUUGUUACAGAACAGCUUAUUUUGGCCUCAUGUAAAGGAAUGUGCUUCUUUUUUGGAAUUACUUGAUAAUAAGCUGUCAGCUGCAUCACAUGACUUUAAAGAACAAACUAAAAUUGAGGUUCGUGUCCUCUUCAGUCAAUCUUCUAGUUUCAGUGCUUGGAAAAAAAGAAAGUUUAAUGAUGAAACACUUCGAUAUGAAGACAAGUCAAUUUCUGUAUCAUCAGUACUGUGUUAUCUGAUUGAUGGAUUGAUUCCACUAAUCACAUCUUUCUGUUCUCAUUUUGUAUGUUCCAGUACCAAAUCUUUUGAUAAGGUUGAGGUAAUAAAGCUUCUAUCUGCUUCAGCUAUGGCACUUCUAAAAAAUCACCCUGAAGUUUUUUGUACAAUGCCUGUAAUGACACAUUACUGGAGUGAGUUCAUAAGUGUUAUAAAGACUAUAUCACCCCAAGAAGAAAUACGUUUUGAUCAAAUGACAUUACAUGUACAUGAAGAUCAAUUCAGUGCUAAAGUAAAGCAAGAGCUGAAAGAGGAAAUUAAAAAGAAUGAAAGCUUUCAGAAAUUUGUUUCUAAUUUUAAAAUCUCUUAUCAAAGUACUGAGAAGUGUGACACAAUCAGCUUUCUACCUACUAAUCCUUGUUUCGAGAAACUUGUUAAAAUAUUUUCAGAUGACCUUGAUAAACUAUUUUCAGACAAUAAUGAGAGCGAUGAGAAGGAUGGUCAUAAAAAAGAGAGCCAUGAAAGCUUUAAAAUGAAACAUCUUCUAGAACUGAUGAGUGUUUUUCAUAGACAACUUAAACAGCCAGCGACAGCAGCAAAAAGAGCUGAUAUUGAUACUGCACUUCUCACAUCUCUUCAAAUUCUCUGUGGUGUUUUAAGUUCAGCAAUAUGUAGUGUUGAUUCACAAAUACCACCUACUUUGUUUAAUCAAGAAUUUGAUAAAAAAGUCAGGCCAUUACAAGAUGCACUACUGGCCCUAAAAUCACAUGAAGAGGUCAUAAUUCAUUUGUCCCAUUCAAGAAAUGAUGUAGUCAUUCAAGUUUUUGUAUUUCUUCGAGAGAUUCUUUUCAAUAGCAAUGAAAAGUCCCAAUGUGCAAUAGGUAAUAUACUGACAAAAAGCAGAGACGCAAAGUUUUUUCAAAGACUCAAUGAAGUACUUGUAAAUGCUGCAGUGUUUCUAGAUCAGCUAACAUCCUGGACAUGGCAAUUUAAUGACAAUGUUAAAAAAGCUGUGUACCCUCCUGAAACUGAACAAGCUUCAGAAUUGGUAUCACUGGCAACAUUGCAACCUGACACUGGAACAGCUUUUUAUAGAAGAGAAAUGGAAGAGCCUGUCAGAGGACUAGAAGAAACUGAAGGAACUGCGGGCAGUGAACGAGUAGAAGACAGUGGCAGUAGAGGAGUUGAAGGAAAUGGCAGCAGAGAAGUAAACAAAACAAGUGAAAAAUUAGAAAACAUUAAUGAAGCUUCAAUUGUUAUUAGAAGAGCUAAUGUAGCACUUGAUCUAAUCUCUCGGAUAUGUGAUGGACAGAAACAGGAAAUGCAAAAUGUACUACGAGAACCUCAUCUGCAGAAUAUAAAUAUUGUUGGAGCAGUCACUAGACUGUUUCAAACUUUACUACAAAAUUUUAAUGAGGAAAGUUCAUGUAUCUCUUCAAUAAAGAAAGCAAUUCGAGCACUAAUAGAGUUAUGUGUUGGGAACUAUGCUAAUCAAGUAGUUGCUGUCAAUGGUCAAGUUGGUGACUCAAUUAAUGCUGUACUACGUUGCACAAAGGAAUCACAUCCCAAGAUUGAAAUAAGGAAAAUAAUGAGUGUCAAAGCUUCAGCUAUUGAGUUGUUAGAGGUUUUGCUUGAAGAAACUAAUGAAAACAGUAAAGCUCUUGCUCAAGAAAUAGCUCGUGAUGUCUCUGUUGAAGACAUUACAUUGACAAUGGAAGAAAUUUGGCAAUCUGGCUAUGGCAUGGACAAAAUCAAAUCAGAAAGAAGAUUAUUCAAAGCUCAUCAAGUGUUGAUGAAGAUUUCAGACUCUAUAGGUGAAGAUUUUGAAAGCUAUGCUAAUUAUAAAAAUCAAAGAAUGAGUGAGCACUUAAAUCAAUUCUCACAAAGCAUUGAAGUGAACUAUGAGACACAAAAUGGAGAAGAAAUUUUAGCAAAAGUUUAUUUUCAAUUUGAUCCCAAAGAACAAUUGGAAGAUGAUGUAAAAGAUGUUGUUAAGAAGAAUAUAAAAAGAGAAUCACUCAAAGACAAAGUGACAGAUCUUCUUCAUUGGAUGAAAGCAAUUAGAAAGAACAAUCGAUAUCAAGCUCAGCUUAAGGCCAAUUUUUUCUUUCAUAAAGUCAUGUUUGCAACGAAUUUGAGAAGAUUUGUACUUGCUAUUCUGACAUUGAUAUUGAACUUUUUUGUUAUAUUUUUUUCUGAUGUGCCUGCAAGUUCAAUAAAUGCUAACCAUACUGUCACAAAUGAGUCACCUGACUAUACAGUUACCAAUGAGCCUGAUGCGACUUCAAAUGUUUGGUUUACUGGCUAUUUGCUAUAUAUUCUUGGUUCUCUACAUGUUAUUUUGUCACUAUGGAUGGUCAUUGACUAUUAUGUUAGAGAGUGGCAAAAUAUUUUGUUUAAUUUUCUGAGAGGAUCUUUCUGGAGAGCAAUGUUUAAUAAAUGGAGUAAAGUGAUCUGGGGCUUGAAAGUACUAUCUAUUAAAGAAAAGCCUGUUCAAAAGUAUUUCGAGGUGUCCUUUUUCACUUUUUCUCCUUUGUAUCGGAUAAUUUUUCUCCUCUUCUCCAUUUUUGCACUUGCAACCUCUGGUUAUUUAUACUGUGGAUGCAUAUUAUAUUUGUUUCUGGACAAUGAUGUGCUGCAACAAGUUCUUGUUGCAAUCAAGAGAAGUGCUAAACAGCUCAUUAUCCUUGGUCUUCUUGGUCUGAGUGUCCUAUUGAUGUUUUCAGUAAUUUCUUUUGUUUUUCUCCGAAAUUUUUUUGAUAAUGAGACAAUUUUUUGUCGUACAUUGAUUGAAUGCUACGUUUCAGUGAUAAGAGAAGGAUUAUUGGGUACUAUUGGAACGGUACUUCCUGUUCAAUUUGCUGACCAACCUGAACCAUCAUUCCACAGAUACUGGACUAGAAGUCUUUUUGAUUUAGCCAUCUUCAUUAUUAUUACCGUUCUUGGACUGAACAUUGUGAUAGCCAUAAUAGUUGAUCGAUUUUCUGAGUUUAGAACUACAAAUGAAAGUAUCAAUAACGACAAACAGAAGUCAUGUUUUGUAUGUGGAAUUGACAGGGAGACUUUUGAAAAAAAGAGCAAAAAAGGAUUUGAUCAACAUACGAAAAUUGAUCAUCACAUGUGGAAUUAUGUGCAUUUCCUCCUUUAUCUUGACUCAGUUGAUCCUAAUGAUUAUAAUGCAAUGGAGAAAUAUGUACAUGAAAAGGUUUUGAAAGAUGACAUUGGUUUUUUCCCAUUGCAUAAAGCAAAGGUGUUAGGAGGGAAAGUCAAUGAAUCAAAUCUCUGAAAUGAUUGAUGUACAUGUAGAAGUCUAAACAGAUUUACAAAGCUAUACUUUUAACUUGUUAUAAUCUUAGAUUUAGUUGCUGUUUUUACGCUACAGACUAUAUAAUAAGUUGAUUUUUUUCUGAUUUUUAAUUAAAUUGCUAAUAAUUUUUAUAGCUGAAGGACUUAUUGUUACGUAAUGAACAAUUAAUUUUGUUUUAUUAAAGCUAAUUUGCAAAGCUUAUUUUGUUAGAA